UUGAGGUUGUGCACAAAUUUUCCGAGGUGCCCACUUUCUAAAAUUUUGUUUUAAGAUAUAAUAAAACUCCCUCACAGCCAUGUUCAACUGGCUUCACUCCAACUUCCACUACAAUCCUCUUAAAGCUGAGUCUAAACGAAAUGUGUGGAGAAAGAACACAAAAUCUGUGGCAAAGCAUGUUGAUGAGAUCUUCGAUGUUCUUGAGGAUUGGAGAAUCAAUGGUCGGCGUCUUACAAUUUGCGUUGUGGGGUUUGAGAGAUCAUCAAAACCCAGAAAUUAUCCAACGGAAUAUUGCAAUUUGAAGAAGGAGGGGAAGAGAUCAGAUGAAGUUGUAGAUGAUGAUCUUAAUGAUGAUGAUGAUGAUGAGCUGAGCCCAUUAAUGGCGACGACAUUUCAGAACAACUUCGACGACAGUGGUGAGUUCUGUAUUGCGGAGCUUUUCAUGGCGGAUGCUGAUGUGAAGCCGAAACCGGCGCCGGAGGAGAACGUGGCGGCGCGGAAGAAACCGGAAGUUAAGACGGCGAACGGCAGCUGCUCGGCCAAGAAGCCGAAGGAGGCGGCGAAGCCAGCUGGGAGAAGUCUCCGGCGAGUAAGCACCACCCAUUCUUACACUUGUUUAUAUUAA